AUGGACACGGAAAAUAACUAGUUUAUGAAUUAUAACAAUCCUGAUAAGAAGAUGGUUAUAGAAGAUUUUUUUAUGAAAGCAGUAUUGGGAAAGGGUAGCUUUGCAAAAGUUAUUUUAGUUAAGAAAAAAGAUAAUGGAAAGUUUUAUGCAAUUAAAGUAUUGAAGAAAUCCAAGCUUGAAAAGCAAAGGCAUAUUGAUAAUGUUAUUGCAGAAAGAAAUAUUUUAGUAGGUGUGAACCAUCCAUUUGUCAUUUAACUUCAUUACUCCUUCUAAAACAGUGAAAAAUUAUACUUUGUUCUCGAAUUUUGUCCUGGAGGAGAGCUUUUUAACUUACUUCAUAAAGCAUAGAAAUUUACAGAAGACUAGACACGCUUUUAUAUAGCUUAGAUUGUGCUUGCAAUAGAACAUCUUCACUCAUUGAACAUCAUAUAUAGAGAUCUUAAACCAGAAAAUGUAAUGAUUGACUUCGAUGGUUAUAUUCGUAUCACUGAUUUUGGUUUGUCGAAAAAUAAUAUUAGUAACCAUGAAAAAACAUAUUCUGUGUGCGGUACACCUGAAUAUUUAGCACCAGAAAUUCUUACAAUGUAAGGGCAUGAAAAGUCUGCAGAUUGGUGGUCAUUAGGUGCACUUAUAUACGAAUUAUUAACUGGAUUGCCUCCAUUUUAUAAUCAAAAUAGAGAAGUAAUGUAUGAGCUAAUUAAAAAUUAAAAUGUGAAUAUACCUGAUUAUAUCUCUCCUAUAUGCAAAGAUCUAAUAUACAGACUAUUGUAAAAAAAUCCAGAAAACAGACUUGGUAAAAAUGGAGCAUUUGAAAUUAAAAAUCAUCCUUGGCUUUAGGAUGUUGACUGGGAAAUUUUAUUGAGAAAAGAAUACAGACCACCAUUUAUCCCUAUCCUUGAUAAUAUUGUUGCGAAUUUCCCUGUUGAUUUCACUCAAUAACCUAUUGAUUCUGUUGAUCCAUUUUAAAGUGUUAAACAACUUAAUUAAAAUAACAACAUCGGAGGUUUCACAUACAAUUAAAGUUAAAAUAGAGAAAUGGAUUUCUAGUGA